UGUGUAUUGUAUAGAUAAUAGGAGGAGGUAAUAAUAGGGGGAGGUGAUUAGGACCCAGAGUUUUACCGAAUUUCCCCCCCACACAGAUUCUAAAUAUUCUUUUCGAGACAUCCCCAAGCUCAAGCGCAACAUCGACUGACAACUUUUUACGGACUUCCUUCAACAACCACACUCUCCUACUAACCCGCAGCCAAUACCGCCAAAAUGGGUCGCGUUCGCACAAAGACUGUCAAGAAGUCCGCCAAGGUCAUCAUUGAGCGGUACUACCCCAAGCUCACUCUCGACUUCGAGACCAACAAGCGUGUCUGCGAUGAGAUCGCUAUCAUCGCCUCCAAGCGCCUGCGCAACAAGAUCGCCGGUUACACCACUCACUUGAUGAAGCGUAUCCAGCGAGGACCCGUCCGCGGUAUCUCCUUCAAGCUGCAAGAAGAGGAGCGUGAACGAAAGGAUCAAUACGUGCCCGAAGUCUCUGCCCUCGACUUCGUCCAGAACACCGAGGCCGGCCAGCUCGACAUCGAUGUUGAGACCAAGGACCUGCUGAAGCACCUUGGCUUCGACAACGUCCCCGUCAACGUCGUCCCCGUCACCCAGCAGCAGACUGCUGAGCGACCUCGCAGAUUCGGCGACCGCGCUCCCCGAUAAACGGUGCAAAAAUAGCUACCUAUUGACGGUUUUCGUCGCGUGAAAGGAAAAAAGCGAAGGAAGGGUUAUGAUGGUACCAUUCUAGAUCCGCAAUUGACGAGAUCUUUUCCCACACAAGGUGUCCCCGAUUCUCCAGUGCAUUUGCUGGCGAUGACGGUUGAUGGCCAAUUCUUAUUCCCCCUUUUUUUGCCCUUACGUGACUC